CUUCAGAAUUUCAGUGAUUUUGAUCUGUUUUAGGAAGAAAUGUUGAGUUAAAAUUAUUCACUAAUAUACAUAUCAAGAGAGAAACUUUAGUUUCUAAGUGGAUUAACAUAAUUUCAAGAUGCGCUCGAAGAUAAUUAUCGCGAGCGUAAUCCUAGCUUGUAUAUUGACAACAUGGCUGUUUGCGAGACUCUACCAGGAGUUAAUGACUGCAUACGAGCAGUCCGGCAGUCUGAUGGAAGUCGAAUAUUCUUGGCUCUUCCGUCUUCUCCUGAACAUUGGUGGUUAUGCGACAGUCCUGCUGCCCGGUUUCAUCCUGUACAAAUAUCUCGAUAGGUCUAAUUACUUCGAUAAAAUAGGCAACUCCACCCAUCUCUCACGCAUACUGCACGCGUGUUUCGGGGAACCGACCGAGCGGUUGCCCGAAUCCAUAAAGCCUACCAAGGUCGAAGAGAGCACCACCAGGGAAGGCGUGGAGCUGGCCUUCUGUUUUACUGGGCUCAUGGGGGCUUAUCUGGUGUGGGGACUGCUGCAGGAGAAGAUUAUGACUCAGAGCUACCUCCUAUCCGACGGCACCGUAGUCAAGUUCGACGACUCUCAAUUCCUCGUCUUCAUCAACCGCCUCCUAGCCUUCCUAGUGGCGCUGGGCCGGCUGCUGUGCACGCAGCAGCCGCUGGUGUCGGCGCCGCUGUACAAGUUCUCGUACUGCUCAGUGACUAACAUCAUCAGCGCGUGGUGUCAGUAUGAAGCGUUGAAGUACGUCAGCUUCCCUACUCAGGUGCUAUCGAAGUCGUGUAAAGUGAUCCCCGUGAUGAUGAUGGGCAAGCUGAUAUCGCGCACCAAGUACGAGCUGUACGAGUACGUCACGGCCGUGAUGAUAUCAGUGGGAAUGGUGCUGUUUAUGUUCGGCAGCCAUGACGACUACUCGGUGUCAACAGUAACAACGAUGUCGGGGUUAACGCUCCUAGCGCUAUACAUGGUGUGCGACAGCUUCACGUCAUCAUGGCAGGGGGCGCUAUUCGCGCGCUACAGCUGCUCCGCGCUACAGAUGCUGUGCGGCGUGAACUUAUUCAGUUGCGCGCUAACUGCCGCCGCGCUAGCACAUCAUACAACUACGCAGCACUCGCUCACGCUGCUGCAGCAUCCCGUAUUCGCGAUGGACUGCCUGCUUCUAUCUGUGAGCUCGGCGGUGGGACAGCUGCUCAUAUACCGGACGAUCGCCAGGUUCGGUGCCGUCGUGUUCACCAUCAUCAUGACGCUGCGACAGGCGGUGUCAAUCCUCCUAUCAUGUGCCGUCUACGGUCACGUGGUGUCGCUGGGCGGGUGCGCGGGCGUGGCGCUGGUGUUCGCGGCGGCGUUAUUACGAGUCUACUGCCGACGACGGCUGCGCGCACGCAGACAAAGAGAAGUUCACGCAUAGCGGCGGGUUCGAGGUUCGGUGCCAGGUGGGUGCGACUUAAAAACAGGUCAGCGUGUAACGACAGUUUAAAAUUUUGCACGGAGAGGGUCAUGCCCGUUUUCACCAUCAAUGCCUAAUUUUUAAGUGACACAUAUGAAAACGAAAUUCAUUUAUGUGUUCUUAAGGCGCGCGCGCACGGAUGACUUUUCUCGUGACAGUAUGUUUCUCCAUAAAUAAGAAUAAGAGCUAUGUUCUCUUUUUGUCUUUAUGAAAGUGUAAAAGAGGAUUACUGUCACGGUGACAAAAAGUCAUCUGUGCGCGCUGUACGUAGUACAGGACGUCACAUACACAGUCGACAACACAUCAGACUAAAGUUUUGUUGCAAAAUGACAUCUAUUACAACUGCAUAAGAUGCCAUAAUGUUUAGCCUAAUGUGUCGUUAUCUGUACUUAAACAAGAUACGCGAUACGAUAGGAUUCAAUUAAAUAAUACUGCGACACCGUAUCGGCGUUGUGUCGUGCGUGUCACGUUGCGACGAUCAUGAAAUGAUGCUGCGUAGCACAAAGUGACGUCGUAUC